AUGCCUCCCUCGAUUACCAAAGUGCACCCAUUGCAGCGGCUACCCAGCCCCUCGAGGGGAUUUUCGGCAUUAGUUCAUGCAUCCGGGCUGGCCAGCUUUAUAUGGUCGUUCAAAUAUAUGCACGAUAAUCCUAACUUUGCCAAUGAAGCAUACGGAUGGCACUUCCAGUACCUGACCGUCAUCGGGCUCUCGCUCGCAACGAUUACCUUUACCUUUGGCCUCCUGGCUGAUAUCACCCUCUCACCGCGGCUAUUCUUACUCAAGAAUCUAUUGUCUAUCUGUAGCGCUCCCAUGGAAGUUCUCAUUAGUAUUCUUUACUGGAGCCUUCGCCUUAUCGACGAACGCCUCGUCAUUCCUGACUGGGCAGUUAUCCCUAUGCGUGCCGACAUCAGCUUCCAUGCCAUCCCAUCAAUCGUCUUCCUGAUAGACCUUCUCUUCCUCUCUCCACCAUGGACAAUCACUAUCGGCCCCGCCCUCGGCCUCUCAAGCACCAUCGCAGUCAGCUACUGGUUCUGGGUGGAACGCUGUUCCCAGCUCAAUGGAUGGUACCCUUAUCCAAUCUUCGAACAAGUUCCCUUCGAAGGCCGCGUCGGGCUCUUUGUUCUCAGUGCUGUCGUGAUGGCUCUCAGCACCGCAACCCUGAAGUGGCUCCAUGGCCGCGUCAAUGGGUUUGGUACGCCGGUGAAACCUCAGGCUCGACCAGGUGCUGUUAAGGCGAAUGGGGGUCUGUAA